UCAGACACCGACCGUCUGUCCUCAGAGGAGACGGAUAGAGACGGUAAGAGACGGAUAGAGACGUUAGAGACGGAUAGAGACGUAAGAGACGGAUAGAGACGUUAGAGACGGAUAGAGACGUAAGAGACGGAUAGAGACGUUAGAGACGGAUAGAGACGGUAAGAGACGUUAGAGACGGAUAGAGACGUUAGAGACGGAUAGAGACGGUAAGAGACGGAUAGAGACGUUAGAGACGGAUAGAGACGUUAGAGACGGUAGGAGACAGAUAGAGACGGUAAGAGACGGAUAGAGACGUUAGAGACGGAUAGAGACGGUAAGAGACGGAUAGAGACGGUAAGAGACGGUAAGAGACAAAUAGAAUCAGAUAGAGACACAAGAGACCAGGUUGUGGUCUGAGGACGGACAUGCUGCUGACCUGGACUCUCUGCACUCUGCUGGGCUGCUCUGCACUGAUCCAAUGUUCAGUGUUCCUGGACCGUCCGGCGGCGAUUCAAGUCCUCGGCUCGACCUCCAGGAGGCGGCGAGCCAACUCCUUCCUGGAGGAGGCGUUACCUGGAGACCUGGAGAGGGAGUGUAACGAGGAGACCUGCUCCCAGGAGGAGGCCGCCGAGAUCUUCAAGACCAGAGAGAAGACGCUGGAGUUCUGGUACAAAUACACAAAUCUGAACCCUUGUCGGACCAACCCCUGUCUGAAUGGAGGGAUGUGCACUCUGGACCGAGGAGACUUCACGUGUCUCUGUUCUCCUCAGUACCACGGCAAGACCUGCGACUCAGUGGUGUCGGCGUGUCGCUAUAGAAACGGCGGCUGUGUGCAGUACUGCAGAGACCUGCAGGGCGGCGCUGGAGUCCAGUGUGGCUGCGCUGAUGGAUUCAGACUGGAGGAGGACGGACGCAGCUGCUCCCGGAAAGACCCGUUCCCUUGCGGUCGUCAGCACAGAGACUGGUCUUCGUACCGACGUCGCUCGGAGCGGCUCAACGACACCACGAUGGAUCUCAACAGCACCGACAGCUGGCUGCUGAACCUGAACCUCAUGGAGACAGAGGAGCUGCUGACAGUGAACGCAACGUCCGGACACAGUGAGGGCAAUGAGACAGAGCUGAGGGGGGAGGAGCCAACCGGUCGUAUCGUGGGUGGAGUCCUAGAGAAACCAGGAGGGAGUCCCUGGCAGGUUCUGGUCCGCCGGUCUGAUGGUUAUGGUUUCUGUGGAGGGACUCUGGUCUCGGACCGGUGGGUGGUCUCUGCUGCUCACUGCCUGGAGCAGACUGCAGACCACGUCACUGUAGGUGACUUUGAUAAGAAGCGUCCUGAUCCAGGUGAGCAGGUGAUCAAGGUUCAGAAGGUGUUCGUCCAUCCUCACUUCCACUCCUUCACCUUCGACAGCGACGUCGCUCUGCUCUACCUCUCGCGCUCCGUCACCAGGAGCCCCACCGCCGUCCCCGCCUGCCUCCCCGACCCCCACCUGUCCAGAUACCUGCUGCAGGAGAAUAACCGCGGCGUGGUGACGGGCUGGGGACUCACUCACCAUCAGAGCAGGUCGUCCUCACGCUUCCUCAGGAAGGUCACUCUACCUGUGGUCCGCCACCGAGACUGCUCCGCCUCCACCGAACAGGUGAUCACAGACAACAUGUUCUGUGCCGGUUACCUGGCCGUCGCCGAGGACGCCUGCAGUGGAGACAGUGGAGGGCCGUUCGUGGUGAACUACAGGGGGACCUGGUUUCUGACCGGAGUCGUCAGCUGGGGAGAAGAAUGUGCUGCAAAGGGGAAGUACGGAGUUUACACCCGACUGGGGAACUUCCUGACCUGGAUCCGAGACACCAUGGAGAGACCAGACUUGAACGGUACUGAGAGCUGAGACCAAAGCAAACAAACAGACCCUGACCAGAAUUAUUGUAUUUUUAUUUUUCAAAUUUAAAGCAAAACGACUCAACCAAAGACUUUAGUCGUUUAAAAAGAGACUCGUGGCUCCAUUGUCCAGAAGAGAAUAUCAGCUGGUUCCUCUCUGCUUCCUCAUUUCCUUCUUUUUUAUUUAAGUUAGCGUUUGUUGUAACAUUAUGUCCAACAGAAAUAACACAUCUAUCCGUUUGUUCACCCUGAAGUCUAAAGCAGCUUCAGGCUCCAUUAGUGUUAAAAACAGACUCAAAUGUUUUAGAACCAUAAUCACUUGUGUUUGGUUUAUAUUUUCUACUAACGGCUGUAAAAUGAUGUAAAAUACAGAAACUUGUGACUAAACAA